UCAUCAAAUGUUAAUGAUGAAAAUGAUGGCCAAUAAUGAUGAUAAUCAUGAUAAUAUUGAUGAUAAUGAUUUUUCCUGUGGAAUAUUCAAUUGGCAUCCAAAAUGUAUGCAACAUUUUGCAAAUAAAAAAUGUUUUCUAGCUUUAUUCUGCCUGACAUCCGUCCUGCAAGGAAUUUAUUAUACAUAUUUUGUUAGUGUUUUAACAACAAUUGAAAAAUUAUAUCAAGUACAAAGCCGUACUACAGGUAUUAUAAUGAGUUCAACGGAAAUUGGCCAGAUUAGUGGUGCAUUAUUACUUACGUAUUAUGGUGGCAAAGGUCAUAGACCAAGAUGGAUAGCCACCGGUAUGUUGGUGUUUGCAUUCGCAGCAUUAUUAUGUUCGACACCACAUUAUCUUUUCGGUAGUCAACCAGCAUCAACACAACAACAACAACAACAACAAUUAUUCGCCAAAGAACAAUCAUUGAUCAAUUUACCGAUGAAUACAAUGUGCACGAUUGAUAAUUCGACGGCUGAAUUAUUCUGCAAUCAACAAUCCGACGUUGUCGUACAACAAAGUCGUGUGAAUAAUUUUGUUCUGGCCAUAUUUUUCAUGAGUCUAUUGAUGAUUGGAUUAGGUACGACUACUGUCAAUACAUUGGGCAUUCCAUAUAUUGAUGAUAAUGUAGCGCCAAAAGAAUCACCACUUUAUUUCGGUAUUACAAUUGGUGUUCGUAUAUUUGGACCGGUUUGUGGUUUUCUUUUGGGAUCUGUUUGUACUAGUAUACCUGUGCAAUUUCCAUUCGGUACAUCGGAUUUACAGCCAAAUGAUCCUAAUUGGAUUGGUGCUUGGUGGUUAGGUUUAUUUUUGGUUGGUGUAUCGCUGGCAUUAGCAUCGAUUCCAAUGAUGGUUUUCCCAAGACGAUUACCACAACCUGAUCCAAGUUCUUAUUGUCAUAGACAACAACAACAACAAAAAAUGGAACAAGAAAAUCUUCUUAAAUCAUUACAUCAGCAACGAAUCAAUAAUCAUGAUCAUCAUCAUAUGGAUGAGCUUAACAAUACUGAAUUGAUCACAUUCUGUGAUAAUAAUUCAUCAUCUGUUGAUCAUUGUAUUGAAAAUAUAAAACCGAAUGGCAAUCAAAAUGAUCAUUCAACAAUUGGUGGUGGUGGUGGUGGUGGAUUUUCUCAAGCUUUGAAACGUUUGCUUACCAAUGAUAUAUUACUUUGUCGUACGGCUAGCUCUGUUUUGCAUAUUCUACCUAUAUCUGGUCUUUAUACAUUUUUACCAAAAUAUUUGGAAAGUCAAUUUCAAUUGACAGCAACUGAUGCAAAUAUGAUUGCUGGUUUAGCCGGUAUACUGGUUAUGGGAUUCGGUAUAUUUGCCAGUGGUACAUUUAUGCGUCGUUAUAAUCCAAGUGCUCGUUUAGUUGCCCAAUGGAUUGCAUUUGCUGCAUUAUCCUAUGUUAUUGGAAUGAUUAUUUUGAUGUUUUUGGGCUGUCCAACCAAUCAAUUUGCUGGUAUUAAACAACAUGAUAAUAUCAAUGGUCAAGAUUAUUUUCUCGAUAUUAACCACAAGAAUCUUUCAUGUUCAUAUGAUUGCCAUUGUCCACAAGGACGUUUUGAACCAAUCUGUAUGAAUAAUGGUAUUACAUUUAUAUCACCUUGUCUGGCAGGAUGUUCAACAGUUCAUGUCAAUAGUACUGAGAAAUUUUAUACCGAUUGUAAAUGUCAUGAACAAAAUAAUAAUAUCGAUAUGAUUGAUAUCGCUGAAACUUUAGAAGCAAAACCUGGAAUCUGUCCAUUAGAGUGCAAUACAUUGACAUUGUACAUUAUUAUCUUUUCAUUUACUGUACUUAUACAUUCUACCUCUGAAGUUGGAUCAAUGUUACUUACAUUACGUUGUGUUGAACCACGUGAUAAAGCUAUGGCAUUAGGAUUUAUUUCAUUUGCAACCGGAUUGUUUGGUAAUGUUCCAUGUCCAAUCCUUUAUGGAUCAAUCAUCGAUUCUACAUGUUUGUUUUGGGAAGAAAAUUGUGGAAAACUUGGCGCCUGUCGUCUAUAUGAUUCAACACGUUUUCGGCAAUUAUUUCAUGGUUUAACAGCAUCAAUUAUGUUUCUUGCAUUUUGUAUCGAUCUCAUUGUCUGUUAUAAAGCAUCGGCUAUUCAAUUUCAUGAUGAUACAACACAACAACAACAACAACAACAUGAUAAGAAUGAGAACGAAGUCAUGAUGGCCGAUGAAUUCAAGAUCGUUCAACAACAACCAUAAAAAGGACAACAAAAAAUUAAUCCGAAAAAACGUGUUGAAUCAUCCAUCCAAUAAUCCACUGAUGAUUGGAUUCAUCAAAAUCUUGUUUUUAGUUUUUUUUUCUUGUUUUAUUUUUUUUAAUUAUUAUUAUUUCGCU